AAACAUCCUGUCAUCUGCCUAGAUCUUUCAGAUUGAUUCUGUUGAAGCUAGAGCGUAAAAAACAAACAACAGGAAUAACUCCAGUCCUAUAUAACCCUGCAUUGCUACAUGAUCUUUCCCUCACGGACACAACUAGAUUACUAGUGUUAUGAUAACUAGAGUUGAGAAGUAAAGCAGGCAGCAAUGGAUCAGAAGUCCCCAGCCACUGCAGCACCCCACCUUGGACCAGUUUUCCAAGAUUCAUUUGGUAUUCUCUUCUUCUUCACCAUCCUCACCUGGUCCAUCACAAGGUUCCAGAGGCUCCUCCCUGGUUGUUGUAAAUGCUGCACUUGUGCUGUCCCAAAGACAACCUCAACAUCAGUCCUUGCGGACAAGAAGACAUACAAGACACUGAAUGAGAAUGAAGACGAUGACAUCGAUGUGAUGCGUUCCGAUGCCGAGAUCGCCAUGAAAAAUAUGGGCCUUAAUUUUGAUAUAGAAAGCAGUAUAGUGCUAAAGACCAUUAGCUCUGAAUAUAUUUCUAUGCUGUUCGACCAUGAUGAGCCGAGCUUGCAGGAAGUGAAAAUGGCCUUUUUGGUGUUUGAUGAGAACAAUGAUGGGUACAUCGACGCAUCGGACUUACGACGAGUCCUACAUAACAUAGGGUUGGGAGAACAGGCAGGGAUCGGUGAGUGUGAGCAGAUGAUUGCUAGAUAUGACAUGAACAAGGACAUGAGGAUAGAUAUGAUGGAGUUCACUAAGGUUUUGGAGGCCAGCUUUUGCUGAACCUAUGCCUUUCUGUAUUCGUUUUCUUAUAUCAAUGAGUUGUGUUUAUUAACAUGUUGCGAUGGACUGAAUUGCAUCAUUUUACUCGACAAUAAAAUGGUAGAUGUUUCGCAAA